AUGCUAAGAAACGGUUUUGGCAUUUCUAAGAGGUCGCUAGCGACCGUAGCAGAGCAACUGCUGCCCAAGAAAUACGGUGGACGCUACACAGUUACGCUGAUCCCUGGUGACGGUGUGGGAAAGGAGGUCACGGACUCCGUGGUGUCGAUUUUCGAGUCCGAAAACGUGCCAAUUGACUGGGAAACUGUUGAGAUUUCUGGUCUCGACAACGAAGAGGGAGUCCAGAAGGCUGUGGAUUCGCUUAAGAGAAACAAAGUGGGUCUAAAGGGUAUCUGGCACACACCUUCGGACCAGACAGGACACGGCUCCCUCAACGUGGCGCUACGUAAGCAGCUCGACAUUUUUGCCAACGUUGCUCUUUUCAAGACCGUUCCCGGCGUGCCUUCCCGCCACUCUAACGUCGACCUGGUUGUUAUCAGAGAGAACACUGAGGGUGAGUACUCUGGCCUGGAGCACGAGUCCGUCCCAGGUGUCGUCGAGUCGCUAAAGAUCAUGACUAAGGCCAAGUCUGACAGAAUCGGUCGUUUCGCGUUUGACUUCGCCCUCAAGAACAACAGAAAGUCUGUGUGCGCUGUUCACAAGGCUAACAUUAUGAAGCUGGGUGACGGCCUGUUUAGAAACUGUAUCAACGAGAUCGGUGCUAAAGAGUAUCCUGAGAUCGAGGUCAAAAACAUCAUUGUUGACAAUGCUUCCAUGCAAGCCGUGGCCAAGCCUCACCAAUUCGAUGUUCUCGUUACUCCAAACUUGUACGGCUCCAUCUUGGGUAACAUCGGCGCUGCCUUGAUUGGCGGUCCAGGCCUUGUUCCUGGUGCCAACUUUGGUAGAGAGUUCGCCGUUUUCGAGCCAGGCUCCAGACAUGUCGGUUUGGACAUCAAAGGCCAAAAUGUCGCCAACCCAACCGCCAUGAUCUUGUCGUCUGCCCUCAUGUUGAGACAUUUGGGCCUCAACUCUUACGCCGACAGAAUUUCCAAGGCUACUUAUGACGUAAUUGCUGAAGCCAAGAACACUACUAAAGAUAUCGGUGGCUCCGCUUCGACCACGGACUUCACUCAGGCUAUCAUCGAGAAGUUGAGAGCUCUUUGA